AUGCCCUCGAUACACGAAGUCCGACGCAGCAACGCUCUCUUGAAGAGUGGGUCACCAGGUAUGGUGGCUGUCAUGGCGGGAGCCACUAGUGGAAUAGGACAGGCUACUUGCAAGGCCUUGGUUGAGCACUGCGAGGAGCCAACGGUCUACAUCGUUGGCAGGAACAUAGCAUCGGCUACGGCUACGAUGGAACACCUGAAGACGUUAAACCCUUCGGCCAAGAUCCACUUCAUCCAGAGCGACCUCAGCCUACUGAAUAAUGUUGACGCCGUCUGUCGGGAGAUCAUGGAGAAGGAGACGAAGAUCAAUCUUGUUUUCCUGAGUGCAGGGUUUCUCAGCAUGAACGGUCGCGAUGAAACUAAGGAAGGACUGGAUAAGAUGUUCAGCCUGCAGUAUUACUCCAGAAUCAGAUUCAUCCUGAAUCUUCUUCCCGGCCUCGAGCGGGCUGGUCGGUACGACGAACUGGCUCGGGUGGUUUCCGUUCUGGGCGCGGGCAAAGAGGGGAACAUCUUCUCCGAUGACCUCUCGCUGACACAGAAGGCCAACUAUAGCCUUCCCAACUGCGCUCGUCAGUCUAUUACAAUGACAUCUUUGUCGUUCGAGCACCUCGCCAAGGCCCACCCCACCGUCUCGUUUCUUCAUGUCUCGCCUGGAACUGUUAGAGGCACCAACAUAAUGACCGGCAUGGGCAGUAUCACGAGCUCCAUUAUCAACGCUCUGAUGGUCAUUGCUGCCCCUUUCAACGUCUCAGUGAAGGAGUCUGGUCAGAGGCACCUUUACGCAGCCACAAGCGCUUCUCUCACGAAGAAAACCAAAGAACACGCCGCUUAUCGACUGGCAUGGGACGGAGAGGCUUGUAGAUCCAAUGAAGUCUUCGAGCAGUACAUGAAAGAUGGAACGUGUGAAAAGGUCUGGACUCAUACUGAGGCCGAGUUCAAGAAUAUUUGCAAGCAUUGA